CAACAUGUCGGCGCUGGGGGCCGUGGAGGCGGCGUCCGGGACUGGGGGGCCUUUGUUCCGGCCCCUCAGCGCCGAGGACGGCGAGCAGCGGCCGGCCGAGAUCGAGUCGCUGUGCAUGAACUGCUUCCGCAACGGGGUGACACGGCUCCUGCUCACCAGGAUCCCCUUCUUCAAAGAGAUCAUUGUCAGCUCCUUUGCCUGCGACAGCUGCUCCUGGUCCAACACGGAGAUCCAGUCCGCGGGCAGGAUCCAGGAGCAGGGUGUGCGCUACACCCUGGCUGUCACCUCCCGUCAGGACAUGAACAGGGAGGUGGUGAAGACCGACUGUGCCACGGCUCGCAUUCCAGAGCUGGACUUUGAGAUCCCUGCUUUCACUCAGAAGGGAGUUCUUACCACCAUUGAAGGGAUAAUUGACAGAGCUGUCGCAGGCCUGGAGCAGGACCAGCCCAUCCGCAGGGCAACGGACGAAGAGGUGGCAAAUAAAAUAGAGGAGUUCAUUGGUAAACUAAAGCAGCUGAAAGAAGUACAUUCCUCCUUCACCUUUAUCAUAGAUGAUCCUUCAGGGAACAGCUUUGUGGAGAACCCUCACGCACCGCAGAAGGAUGAUGCUCUUGUGGUCACUCACUACAGGAGGACUCCCCAGCAGGCUGCCAUGCUGGGACUGGAGGGAGAGGAGCUGGAGGAGAAGCCAGCUGAUUCUGCGGAGGAUCUGAGGAAUGAGGUACUGCAGUUCAACACCAACUGCCCCGAGUGCAACGCUCCGGCUAACACGAAUAUGAAGCUAGUGCAAAUCCCACACUUCAAGGAAGUGAUUAUCAUGGCCACAAACUGCGACUCCUGUGGGCACAGGACAAAUGAGGUGAAAUCUGGAGGAGCAAUCGAACCACAGGGCACCAGGAUUACCCUUCGGAUUACAGACCCUUCCGACAUGACGAGGGAUAUCCUAAAGUCGGAGACGUGCAGUGUGGAGAUCCCAGAGCUGGAGUUCGAGCUGGGGAUGGGAGCGCUGGGGGGGAAAUUCACCACGCUGGAAGGGCUGCUGAAGGACAUCAGGGACCUGGUCGAGAGAAACCCCUUCACUCUGGGGGACAGCUCUGCGCCCAGCAAAACGGAAAAGCUGCAGGAGUUUAUUGGGAAACUACAGGAGAUCAUAGAGGGAAAGGCAAAGGCUCACUUCAUCAUGGAUGACCCUGCAGGCAACAGCUAUCUUCAGAAUGUGUACGCCCCGGAGGAGGACCCGGAGCUGAAAGUGGAGCGCUACGAGCGUACGUUUGAGCAGAACGAAGACCUGGGCCUGAACGACAUGAAGACGGAGGGCUACGAGUUGGAGGGAGCCUCGGCCCGGUAGCUGGGACCAGCUGGAC